CAAUUGUUUUACAACGAAAUGAGUAAAUAAAUGUUGGUCAGAUUUCAAAGGUCAGUAUAACUUAGAUGUAGAUAAUGGUAGUCUUAAUGGGUCAGUUGUGGCGUUUAUAUGGGGCCUAACCAACGAUGGUAUUCGUAAAUUACAUCAUUACUUUGUACCAAAAGGAGGACAUUGCAGCACGCGCGGUUUGUACUAAAAUGGAAAGUGAAAAGAGUAAUAUCCUUAGACGAAUUCACAAAUGGUUAGUGUUUUUCUCCGCGUAUUACGUGAUGGUGGUAAACGUUGGGUUCUACUACUCAUUUGGUACUUUAUUUCCGGAUAUAAUGACAGAGUUCGGUAGCUCGAGGGCGGAGACUGCCGUUAUACAAUCCACGCUGAUAGCCGUGGGACUUGGAUCAGGAUUGCUUAACGGAGUAAUUAUUCAUAAAUACGGAUUGGUCAAGGCUGGACUUUAUGGAUCAGUGGUUUCCUGCGUCGGUGUCAUGGCAUGCUACUUUGCAACGUCAGUGGCUUAUAUGAUUAUAAGUAUUGGAAUCUUAAUGGCGGUUGGUUUUUCCUGCAUGUUUAUAUCAUCAUCUACAGCAAUAGUUCAACAUUUUAAAGGAAAACAACGUCUUCUAAUGUUGUCUUUACAAGGAUCUGGUGCUGGUUUAGGUGGAAUGAUUUAUCCGUACCUUUUACGAUAUCUGAGCAGUCAGUAUGGAAUAAGAGGGAAUUUAUUGGUUAUUAGUGCAAUCUUCAUGAACUCGAUCCCGAUUUGUUUCCUGUGGGGUCAACCAGACGAUACUGACGGACAACAGAGCAUUCCAGAUCAAUCCAAGUCUGACGAGACUUUUGAUAAUGAACAUUGCGGUAAAAUAUUUGAUGAUACAAACGGGUUUGAAAAAGAUAACUCUGAAAAUGAAAAGCUUAUGAAUGGUAUGAAUUCCCAUGAUGCAAUACCUUCAAAACAAGCUGUUAUAUCAGAAGAACACAUUGAUUUCAACGAUAAAAAUGAUACUAAAGAUGACCACGUAAAAAAACCAUUUCACGAGACGGACAGUAUAUCUAAAAGCAUGACUGAUAGUAACAUUGAUAUUGUAAUUGAAAACCAAAGUAAAAAUCAUUGUGGAGAAUCUGCUGAUACUCUAUGUCAUAGUUUAAGUCAGAUAUUAAAGAAUCGGACAUUUGUUAUAUAUCUUCUCGGAGGUGUGACGUCAUAUCCGGCAUUAGGUUUGAUGAUGGUUUUUGUUGUAGACAUAUUUCUCGAUAAAGAUUUUACGUCAGAAGAUGCAGCCUUUGGACAACUUCUUUUAAGUGCAUUGAACAUACUAGGUCGUUUUCUGCCAGGAAUAUUAAUGCAAUUUAGAUGUGUUUCAACUUUGUCUAUUCCAAUGUUAGCAUCACUAAUAUCAACUACCGUUUUCCCCUGCCUGGUUCUAGCUCGAGUCAAAUGGCUUGCCACGUUGCUUUGUGCGUUUACCGGCUUGUCUCUCGGAAUGUUUGUUUCUAUAUACAGUGUUACCACUGUAAAAUUAGUUGGUCAAGAAAGGCUUCCAAAUGCAAUGGGUUUGUUGUUUUCUGCCAACAGUCUAGGGAACGCAAUAGCGGGUCCAGUGUGUGGAUAUUUACGUGAUAUAACAGGAUCGUACAGUAUACCUCUAUAUGCCGGGGCGGUUAUGAGUCUGUCCGGUUUCAUUUGUUAUACCACUGCUAGCAUAACCAGACGUCGGACAAAACAUUGAGCUUCUCAAACUCCUAGCAAUAUAGUCAUUUUUAAAUGUAAAAAUAGAGAAAUACAUAGAGAAAUAGAAUAUAAUUCGUCAAUAUAGUGUUAUAUUUUAUCUGGUCCGAAGCAGGUACACCGAAAUUCACUCAAAAACUGCAACGUUUUCUGGUUAAAAUCAUAUGAUACGCAAAUUGCGUUUAUAUACAUAAAUGGACUAAAUAAUUUUGUAAGGAAAAUUUCUAUUUGCGGAA